AUUUUUUAUAAAUUGGAGAUCAAAAUGUAAACAAACAAAAGAUCAGAGAGUGUAGAAUGUUAAGAUUUCUAUCUAGACAGAUAGAUAUUUUAGAUCUAGAUCAUUUUAAUAUAUUUAAGUGACUGUAAAUGUGUACUUUUUUUCUAAUAGACCUAGGCCUAGACAUCUAAAUCUAGAUCUACUUACUUACUAGAGAGAGAGACUAAGAGAAGUUAUACAGCAGAAACUUGGUUGGGUUAAGGUUGUGACAAUUGUCCCACACUGGGAGUUAUGACAAGGGAAAACAAAUUUGAGGCCUUGAGUUAAAAAUAAAAUGAACAUCAACAUUUAACAAAAUGGCAGCUAGUUCUUUGCAGACAAGUUUUAAGUGCAAUUAUUCAUUGUGCCCAAAGAAAUUUAUCUUAUCUGAGAAUGAGGCAAGAGUGCAAGUUAGAGCAUUUGAGCCAAAGUCACCUGUGAAACUGUUGGCAGUAAACUGGCAAGAAAAUGCGACAGCUGUGUUCCACUAUGACUGCUGGGAAACUCUGCUGCGUGCUGCCAAGCAUACAGAUUCCCAAGAUCAGACAUAUUUAUCCUUGACAGAGAUAGAAAUGAUCUUGGAGGCUAAGAAGACAGCUGAGUAUUUUGACUCCCUGGAAAGAGUGCAGGCUCAAGCAUUGCACAUUGCAGAGGUCAUUAGAAAGAGUCAAUACUGUAUUGCUUUUACUGGUGCUGGUAUUUCAACUGCAGCUGGAAUUGGAGAUUUUAGAGGAGUUGAUGGGAAAUGGACAAAUUUAGACAAACGAAAACUUUAUGGUGCCAAGUCAGCUAAAAGUGGAUCAUCUAGAACCAAUUUAAUUGACUUACGGCCAACCUACACCCAUGAAGCCCUAUUUAAGCUCCUGGAGAUGAAAUUGCUUAAAUUUAUAAUCAGCCAAAACACAGAUGGCCUUCACCUUCUUUCUGGUGUUCACCCUGACCAGAUUGCAGAGCUACAUGGGAACUCUUUUGUGGAGAAAUGUGAGAAAUGUCACUCAAGAUUUCAAAGAACAUUUCCAGUAAGAAUGCACCAGACAGGAGUUUGUCCCCCUAAGCCAUGCCCAAAAUGUAACAUUAACCAUAGGACAGGUCGAAAAUGCUCAAAACCUGAAUGCGAAGGUUGCCUAAUGAAUACCAUCAUAAAUUUUGGGGACCAUCUGGAAACACCUGUGCUUAACAAAGCAAAGAAAGAGGCAGAGCAGGCUGAUGCAGUCCUAACUUUAGGCUCAACACUGAUGGUGUUCCCUGCCAAUGAGCUGGUUACCUGCGGACCUGAGCCACACAGGCUCAUCAUCUGCAACAGACAAAUCACAGCUUAUGAUGAGGAAUGCUACAAGACUGGAAAAGAUGGGAAGCAGCUUGGCUCACGGGUGUUUGGCAACUGUGAUAAUCUCAUGAAGGAGGUUAUGAAGAGGCUGAUGCCAAAAGCAGAGUUAGAUCAAUGGGAGGCAAGCAGAAGUUCUAGAAUGAAGGAGUACUCAAAGAAGCGUGGGCCUGAGAUAUAGGCCAUUUAGCUUGCUGAUAAAGUGUUUGUCAUUCUUUGUCCCUUGAAGAAAAAAUAAUUAGGGCUUUGAUUUAAGGCACCAAAAGUCUGAAAAAAAAAAUGGAAAUAGAAAUACAGUAAAACAUCUAUAAAAAAUUACAAACUUUUUAUGUCUUUAACAAGUACUAUUGGAGUUAGACCUAUUAAAAAUGGGUGCUAGUUAGCAGAUGAAACUCACUGCCUUAAUGUUUGAUUUAUCCAAAUCUGUGACUUAUUCGUUAUUCAUCAUUAUGAUAAUUUUCAACUAAUAAACAAAAAGGGUCCUGUAUUCAAUCUGUUUAAUCCUAGUUUUUAGAUCUUUUUACUAUUUUCAUUGUAACAAUGUUAUACUGUACUUUUGCAGUUCAGUGUUUGUUGGCUAACACCUGUUUUCAUCUUUUGGCAUCUUAUCUUAAGAACCUGUUCAUUUGAAUUUUUUUUCCCCAGUGUAAAUACUAUCUGUGAUACUCUCAUGAAGAGAUAUUUCCUAUUUCAUAUUUUUCAGAAGUCAAAGCUGUUGAGAUUGAAUUUUAUAAUAACUUAUUCUGUAAUAUAUUUUUUUGAGAUGGCCUUUCUAAAAUUGUGAUACUGAAUUUUGAUCUGUAUACAUUUUGUUGUAAAUAACCAAAAAUGUAACUUUUACACACCAAAUUUUACUUGUCAAGCAUUUUUAAGCAGUUGCCUAACCUACAAUUUUUGUCUGUAAAAUUUCUUGCAAUACGUCUUAAAUGUAGCAUGAUUUUCAUCAAUCAUAUCUACUUGCUACUCCAUAUAAUAUUGUUUAUGUCAUACACAUGUUUAAAUGGAAGCUACACAAUCAUAACCAUAGCUAAUUUUCUAAUGUACUGAUGUCUAGUCUACAAACUUUCCAUUAGCAUGUUGAACCUUUGGGUCACCGCAAGUGUUCUGUUGUCAAGUUCCCUCAAUGCCUCUCUGUUUUCUACUUAACUUUCUUCUUUCUGUGUCCAUUCAUUGAUGUUGUCUUCCUUUUGUUUCAUUUUCCCCUUUCUUAAAAGGCUUAUAUUAACUCACUCACUCUAUCUGUCUAUCUGUCUGUCUGGUAAAACGUUUGAACAUGUUUUUUCUCACAUUCCCUAUUCUCGGAUAAAGUUAAAACGUUGCACUAUUAUUCAUUGAACCUGACAGGACAUGAAUCAGUCUAGAAAAUUAACCAAUUAGUUAAUAUUUUGUUUGAUAUCAAAAUAAGGAGAAUAAAUGCUACGUAAUGAGAGAUGUGGAUGUAUACAUGGAUUUAAUUCCCUUAUUACAUUUUGACACAUUUUUUCCCACUUUGUUUAAUAUAGCCGAAAGCGAGCUAAACCUUGUAAUUUUCAUAUAAAUGGCAGUAAUUAGCUAUUAUUUCCCUUACAUAAGCUUUUUUGUUUUUUUUAAGUAUUUUUUUUCUGUUGCUUGUUUUUAAAUCACCUGCUACUUGCACUGCCUUUCUUGAUUCCUGUUAGACAUUUCUCAAAGCCUCUCUCAAUAAAGUAUUACCUAUGUAACUCAAAAUUGGUUAAUUUGAGGGGAACUCAGUAACCUUUUUUUUUCAAUCCCAAACAUUACAUACCCAUCGGAUAUUAUGACAAGGCAUAGCCUCAUUCUCUUAUUUCAUCUAUACACUAUUUUGAUGGGUUCAAUGUUUCAAGCAUUUUCAGUAGAAAAAACAAACUGAGAGGAUAAGCUUAUUUUGUCCUAAUCUUCAUUUUCUGUUUGAUAUUAUUCAAAAUGUGAUGACUCAAAAAAAAAAACCAUUUCAAACCUACUUAAAUCUAUUUACUACAAUUUAGUCAGUUUGCAGUACGGAAGUAAUACUUAAAUGGAUCAAAUUUGUUUAACUUUCAAAGGUGAAGUUGAAAAACAAAGAUGUUUUGUUUUAGUAAACCUUUUUAAUUUGGUAUGUUUUCAACACCUUCAUAGGUCUACUUACAUAUUUAGGUUGGAAAAUAUUUAUUCUUGCACUAAUUGCUUAUGAAUUCUUUAAAAAAACAAUUAAAGCUGUAUCAUUGCUGA